CUAGAUACCUACAUAAUAUCUACCGCAUCAUUGUAGGAAAUAGGUACUUAGUGUUUCACGCCUAUUUGUUUGAAUUAAUAUAAACAUUGUGUGAUAUAAUAUUUAAUCGAAAAUGUCGGAAAGAAAAGUUUUAAACAAAUACUAUCCUCCGGACUUCGAUCCUUCCAAAAUACCUCGUAUGAAAUUGGCGAAAAAUCGCCAAUAUACAGUACGACUUAUGGCUCCAUUCAAUAUGCGAUGUGCUACCUGCGGCGAAUAUAUUUACAAAGGGAAGAAGUUUAAUGCACGUAAGGAGGACGUUGAAAACGAAGACUACCUUGGGAUAAGAAUAUACAGAUUUUAUAUAAAAUGCACACGCUGUCUCCAAGAAAUAUCAUUUAAGACAGAUCCAAAGAAUACAGAUUAUGAAAUAGAGGCAGGUGCUACCAGAAACUUUAUGGCAUUAAAGCUGGCUGAAGAACAAGCUAAGAGGGAAGAAGAAGAACAAAAAGAGGAAGAAGCAAACAACCCUAUGAAACUAUUAGAAUAUAGAACAGAGCAGUCGAGGCAGGAAAUAGAGUUGCUUGAAAGUCUUGAAGAACUUAAGGAGCUGAACCGACGACAAAGGACUGUGGAUUAUGAAGGCUUGCUUAAACAGUAUCAGACAGAGACUGCUGAGGAAAGAAAGACAAGAGAGGAGAGGGAAGAUAAUGAGUUCAUCAAAUCGGUAAAAUUCAACAAUACAACCAAACACAAAGUAGUAUCUGAAGAAAUAAUUGAAGACGUACAAGAUGAUGAACCCAAGGCCAAGAGUGUUAAGGUCGAAACAAUAACAGCAAAACCAGUAGAACCUGCUUUAAAGAAAAAUGUAACAUGGAAUCGAAGUUUAGGUGUAAUUUCCAAGAAACCAGCAUUAGCUAAUCUUGUGAGGACCAAGAAAACAGAAGAAUCUAGUAGUAGUAUUGCUAUAGUGCAAAAAGAAGAAAAUGUGAGUGGUAACAGUGAACCUGCUGCCUCAGGAUUGUCGUUGUUGGCGAACUAUUCAGGAAGUGACAGUGAUUCACAGUGAGUGAUUUAUUUAUUAUGUGUUUUCGGUUAAACAAAAUAUACAAUGCAUGUUUUGAAAAAUA